GGAAACGUCCGGCUCCUGGGACCGGUCUCCGGCUUUCGGUUAAAUUUUUUUCCCUCCCAUUCUCCCACCUAAAACUUUUGACUCUUCCCGCCUUCCUUCAAACUAGCAAUUUUCGGUUCUUCUCGCUUGCUCUGGGGCGAGCUCCUGAAAGUCAUUUACUCUUUGAGUUAAUUAAUCGCCUUUCCAGCCCCACCCGUGCAGCUCAUUCGCUAAUUCCUAUUCGCUCAGCUCGAUUUAUUUCAGCUACUUCCGCCUCUUGCCGCGAUCCCUUCACUGACUUCGGCUCUUUCCGGAUUAUCUCAAAUCCUCGGGUUUCUCCAAUCCCGAAGCGCUUCGGCUAUUUCCGGCUCACGGUGCCUUCUCUAGUCCCACCCCCACGACCACCCUUGGUUCUUUAGGUGGGUCUCCGAUCCGCUUCACGUUCCUUCAGUGACCUAGAUCAUCCUUCGGCUCUUUCCGGCUUAUUUCAGCCUCUCGGGUUUUUUUUCAGCUGCAUUCGGCUCUUUCCGUCUCUCCACCGCCUCUCCCUUCCGCUUCGGUUCUUUCCGCCUUCUUUCGGGCGGGCUGUCUCUGCCCCUCUCCACGUGACGCUUCUUCGGCCUCUCAGUUACUCCCUCCCUCCACGCCCUUCCUCCAGCUUCAGCCUCUGUGCUCGUCCGGGCUGUGCCGCCAUUUUGUGUGAAUUCCUGACCGCGGCGGGGGCCCGGCAGCUGGGGCAUCUAGGGCGGGCAGACAGUCGGCCCAUCUCCGCAGCCCGUUCCUUCUUCUCCCUAAAUUUUUUUUUAACCAUCCCCUUGCUCGCUCUCCUCUCUACCCCUUCCCCUUCGCUUGCUCCGUUGCGCGCGACCCGCGCUAAUUACACCCAACCAUCCACCAGUGUCCGUGUCCCCCGGGUCUCCGGCCUCGGGGGCCCGUGUGUGUGUGUGUGUGUGUGUGUGUGUGUGUGCGUGUAUCGGAAGGGGACCUCUCGCCCCGAUGAGGGUCCCGUGCCCGUGAGCGAGUGAUCGCAGGGGCGGGCUGCGGAGAAAGGCGGCGGGUGGCCUCGCCGGGGCCUAGGCCGCGCGGCCUACGUAGAAGUUGGCUCAGAGGUGAUUCCGAAACCGAAAAAAACCUAUAUAUAUGUAUAUAUCUAUAGAAAGAGAUAGAUAGAUAGAUAUAUGCCCAAUUCCCAUCAGGAGCCUUGGAGAGCUGAAGUGUGCCCCUCCCGCCACGCCCAAGCAGUCCUUUUUCGUGCAUUAACAUCCCCUCCCCCUCAAAGGAACGAUGGAGGCCGCGCCCGGGACCCCCCCGCCGCCGCCAUCAGAGUCGCCGCCGCCGCCAUCGCCGCCGCCGCCAUCAACGCCUUCGCCUCCUCCGUGUUCCCCCGACGGCCGCGCGGCCACCCCGCACCUCCUCCACCACCGCCUCCCGCUCCCUGACGACAGGGAGGAUGGUGAGUUGGAAGAAGGUGAACUGGAAGAUGAUGGGGUUGAGGAGACCCAGGAUGCCCCUGGGGGACAAGAGAGGAGUCGGAAAGAAAAGGGGGAGAAGCACCACAGCGACUCAGAUGAGGAAAAGUCUCAUAGGAGACUGAAACGGAAGCGGAAGAAGGAACGGGAGAAGGAGAAGAGGAGGUCGAAGAAAAGGCGGAAAUCCAAGCACAAACGCCAUGCUUCUUCCAGUGAUGAUUUCUCGGACUUCUCAGAUGACUCAGAUUUCAGCCCCAGUGAGAAGGGUCACCGCAAAUACCGGGACUAUAGCCCACCAUAUGCACCGUCCCACCAGCAGUACUCCUCAUCACACAAUGCGCCCCUGCCCAAGAAGUCCUAUUCCAAGAUGGAUAGCAAGAGCUACAGCAUGUACGAGGACUACGAGAAUGAGCAGUAUGGGGAGUAUGAGGGGGAUGAAGAGGAGGAUAUGGGCAAAGAAGACUAUGAUGACUUCACUAAAGAGCUGAACCAGUACCGGCGUGCCAAGGAGGGCAGCAGCCGGGGCCGAGGUAGCCGAGGCCGGGGCAGGGGCUACAGGGGCCGUGGAAGCCGAGGAGGAUCUCGAGGCCGAGGAAUGGGCAGGGGCAGUCGAGGCCGGGGCAGAGGCUCUAUGGGAGAGCACCUGGAGGAUGAAGAGGACUUUUACGAGGAGGAGAUGGAAUAUGGAGAAAGUGAGGAGCCCAUGGGAGAUGAUGAUUACGAUGAGUACUCCAAGGAGCUGAACCAGUACCGAAGGUCCAAAGACAGCCGAGGCCGAGGCUUAAGUCGAGGCCGAGGCCGGGGUUCCCGAGGAGGUCGAGGGAAGGGGAUGGGCCGGGGCCGAGGUCGAGGCAGCAGAGGGGGAAUGAGCAAAGGCGGGAUGAAUGACGAUGAAGACUACUAUGAUGAUGACAUGGGCGAUGGUGGUGGUGUAAGCUACCGGCGAAGUGAUCAUGACAAGCCCCACCAGCAGUCUGACAAGAAAGGCAAAGUCAUCUGCAAGUACUUCGUGGAGGGGCGAUGCACUUGGGGAGACCACUGCAAUUUUAGCCAUGACAUCGAACUGCCAAAGAAGCGAGAGCUGUGCAAGUUUUACAUCACAGGGUUCUGUGCUCGGGCUGAGAACUGCCCCUACAUGCAUGGUGACUUUCCCUGUAAGUUAUACCACACCACUGGAAACUGCAUCAAUGGUGACGACUGCAUGUUCUCUCAUGACCCGCUGACUGAGGAGACACGAGAGCUUUUAGAUAAGAUGUUGGCUGAUGAUGCAGAAGCAGGUGCUGAGGAUGAGAAGGAGGUGGAAGAGCUGAAGAAGCAGGGCAUUAACCCCUUGCCCAAGCCACCUCCUGGCGUGGGGCUCCUGCCCACUCCUCCACGGCCCCCUGGGCCCCCAGCUCCCACCUCUCCUAAUGGCAGGCCCAUGCAGGGUGGCCCUCCUCCACCACCACCACCACCACCCCCACCUCCAGGGCCUCCUCAAAUGCCCCUGCCGGCACAUGAGCCACUGUCACCGCAGCAGCUACAGCAGGACAUGUACAACAAGAAGAUCCCCUCUUUGUUUGAGAUUGUGGUGCGGCCCACAGGGCAGCUAGCUGAGAAGCUGGGUGUGAGGUUCCCUGGACCUGGUGGACCCUCAGGGCCAAUGGGUCCUGGCCCCAACAUGGGACCCCCAGGGCCAAUGGGGGGUCCCAUGCAUCCUGACAUGCACCCUGACAUGCACCCAGACAUGCACCCAGAUAUGCACCCAGACAUGCACCCAGAUAUGCAUCCUGAUAUGCACCCUGACAUGCAUCCUGACAUGCAUCCUGACAUGCCAAUGGGUCCUGGCAUGAACCCUGGUCCUCCCAUGGGUCCUGGUGGCCCCCCGAUGAUGCCCUAUGGUCCUGGAGACUCCCCACACUCGGGAAUGAUGCCUCCCAUCCCACCAGCCCAGAACUUCUAUGAGAACUUCUACCCACAGCAAGAAGGCUUGGAAAUGGAGCCGGGGCUCGUUGGGGAUGCAGGUGACACCGGAAACUGGUACUCAAGUGACGAGGAUGAGGGGGGAAGCAGUGUCACAUCUAUCCUCAAGACCUUGAGGCAACAGACAUCAAGCCGACCCCAAGCUUCAGCUGUGGAACCGAGCAGCAGUGGGCUGGGGGAUCCCCGCUUGCAGAAGGGACACCCCACAGGAGGCCGGCUGGCUGACCCCAGACUCAGCCGUGACCCCAGACUCAGCCGCCAUGCAGAGACUUCAGGAGGGACCGGCCCAGGGGACUCAGGGCCCUCUGACCCUCGGUUGGCUCGUGCCCUGCCCACCUCCAAGACUGAAGGCAGCCUUCAUUCCAGCCCUGCGGGCCCCAGCAGUUCAAAAGGACAGAGCACUGCAGAAGAAGAGGAAGGGGAGCGGGCCUUGCGUGAGAAGGCAGUGAACAUUCCCCUGGACCCCCUGCCUGGGCACCCACUGCGGGACCCUCGCUCUCAGCUGCAGCAGUUCAGCCACAUUAAGAAAGAUGUGACCCUGAGCAAGCCAAGCUUUGCCCGCACUGUGCUCUGGAACCCUGAGGACCUGAUCCCCCUGCCCAUCCCCAAGCAGGACGUGCCCCCGGUGCCUGCUGCCCUGCAGUCCCUGCCUGCCCUGGAUCCCAGACUGCACCGCUCCACACCCCCUGGGCCUCCCAACACCCGGCAGCGUCCAGGCUCCACAGAUCCCAGCACAUCUGGCUCUAACCUACCUGACUUUGAACUUCUAUCUCGAAUCCUCAAGACUGUCAACGUCAACACCCCUGGCCAGAGUGACAAACCCAGCGACCCCAGGGUGCGGAAGACCCCUACUGACCCCAGAUUACAGAAGUCAGCAGAUCCUGCGUCAACAUCCCGUGCAACCAAGCCCUGUUCCACCGAAGCAUCACCUCCUGCUGCCAGCCCAAGUGGAGACUCAUCCCCACCAGCCACGGCUCCAUAUGAUCCCCGAGUGCUAGCCGCUGGUGGCCUGGGCCAGGGCAGCAGCAGUGGGCAGAGCAGUGUGCUGAGUGGCAUCAGCUUGUAUGACCCAAGGACUCCCAAUGCAGGUGGCAAAGCUGCAGAGCCAGCCUCUGACACGAGUGCUCAGCCCAAGGGUCCUGAGGGCAAUGGCAAGAGCUCAGCCUCCAAGGCAAAAGAGCCCCCGUUUGUCCGCAAGUCUGCCCUGGAGCAGCCAGAGACAGGAAAGGUCAGCGCAGAUGGGGCCACAGCCACAGACAGAUACAAUAGCUACAACCGGCCCCGGCCCAAGGCCACUGCAGCACCCACUGCUGCCUCAUCCACACCGCCCCCUGAGGGGGCCACACCCCAACCUGGAGUGCACAACCUGCCAGUGCCCACCCUCUUUGGGACUGUGAAGCCUGCCCCCAAAACAGGCCCAGGAAGCCCCUUUGCUGGCAACAGCCCUGCUCGUGAGGGUGAGCAGGAUGCAGGGUCCCUGAAGGACGUUUUUAAAGGCUUUGACCCUACAGCCUCCCCCUUCUGCCAGUAGUAUCUGUUGGGGCCAGUGCUCCCUCCACUCCACCACCCUUCCAGGGUGACAUUUAAGGGCAGCAACCAGAGUUACAGGUGGGGGACAGGCAGGGUGUUCUUUCUUAACAUUUUUCUUCCCUUUCUUCCUUUUUAAGUAGUACUUUCUUUGAGUCAUAAAUUGUAUCUAACCGUCUUGGGUUCUGGUCAGUGCUACAGGCUCCUGGGCUCGCUGUGCCUAGUGAGCAACUUGUGCCCUGCUUUGGACAGUGGCAAGUACCCAGCCUGGGGCUUUCCUGGAACUAAGGGAAGCCUAAGUGUCUGGGAAGGCACUGAAAGCCACUCACCCCAUGCUUCUGGGAGAUAGACUAAAGCACAUUUGGUGGAAGCCGGUGCAGGAGUUUCUAAAGCCACAGGGUGAGCUGGCCUCUCUUCAGCAUGCAACCUGUGACAGCCUGCUUCGGGACAGAGUAACAGAGAAGUGAGAAAAUGUCCAGAGGAGAAAAAGGUCCUGGUCCCAGUCCUAACCUACUCGGGCCUGUGCAUCCCAAAUCCUCCGUCCAGGGUUUGUCCUGAAAGUGACACCCUCUAGCCCUCCAGGAGACUCUGGGUGAGACAGACCUGCAGCCUGUAGGCCUGAGAGGGGUGGGGCAGCCCCUCAAAGCCUUCUCCCUCAGUAUUACCUGUCCAGUGCCACUGGCCUGACCCUCGAGACAGCUCAAGGAUCCGUGAUGUCGCUACCUGCCAGACUCCCGAGGAAGGAGGCUAAGGGUGGCCCUGGCAGAGUGUGUCUGCUAGCUGCUUACAUGCGCCUUAGCCGUGUUCCCUGUAGAGUACCAGAAAGUGUUUGCUUUUCCCUCUCAAGCCGACCGAAGCAGGGCAUCAGCUGUCUGUUGCGGUGUUGGAUUAAUGGGUUCUUUCCAAAAGGGGGCCUGAAGAAACAGUAGAGUCUGGGGCCAAAGUGGUGUGUUGGUCCUUUCUAGGAAAGGAAACUUGGGGUGGGGAGGCCUAAGGCAUCUGCCAGAUCCCAGUCAGCGGAGGCAUUGCCACAGCCUCCCCUACUGGUACCCUUAGGUCUGGCCUUAUCCAGAGCCCCAGGGGAGACUUCCUGUGACCAAGUCCCCAAGAUUGGAUGGGGAACUGGGUAAGACCUGCUGCAGGCCUUUCUACCUCUGGGUCACUCGCCAAGCCCUAGAGGUCUGCUUUCUUGUAGCCUGCCUUUUCUAUAUUGGGUCUCUUGGCUCAGCUGCUUCCUUUUGGUGGCAAGGAAACCUGACACACAGCUAGUGGGUCCCCUCUGCCUCAGGGGGAGACAGGCUCCCACAUCCCCAUCCGCUCCUCCCCCAAUGCCCUCCACGUCCCAAAGAGAAAUCCCUUCUAAACAAUUCGGGGCCUGAAGCUGGGGUGGGAGGGGCUUGUGCCCACAGGCUAACCCCCUGUGGGGUCAGUGCACCAAGAUCAGGUUGGUUUUGUUUGCCUUUGUGUUUUUUAUUUUGUUUUGUUUUCUUAAAACAAUCAUCAAUGAGAUUUGUCUUUGGACUCCAGCCUUGGCCUCCAAGACUGGGGCCAUGGUAAGUGUCGGAUAGGAAGAGUAGUGUGGCAGUGUUCUGGUCCCCCUCACCCCUUUGAAAGUUCUUUUGUUAACAGCCAGGCUUGGUCGUGCCUACCUGUCAUCCCAGCACUCAGGAGGCAGAGGCAGAAGGAUCACGAGUUCAAAGCCAGGCUGGUCUGCAUUAGAAAAAUAAAAUUUUUCUUUUGUUAAAGGAAAAUUAAAUGAAUUUUUAAAUCUGAAAUCUGUGGGUGAGAGGACCUAUUCCUCCUCUUGGAAUAGUCAGCCGAAGACCCUCCUGGGACAAGGAACUCCGCCUGAAUCCCCACUCGCCAGCGGGCCACACUUUUAAAGAAAAAUUGUUCUCUAACCAGGAUUGUAAAAAAAGUGUAAAUAGCAUUUCUGAGUUGAAAGUCGAUGGUGCAAAUAUGUAUAUAACGUACUGUAUUUUUACAAUGAUCGUCGCAUGGCUCUCCCGCCCCCUUUUGUACUCAGUAUCUGUCUUCCAGAAACCUCACCUGCCUUCUCUCAUGUGGUCUCUUAAUUCAGUAAUUGUAUUACUGCCAUUAAAGGAUGCAGUUAUUUUAAA